CCACCUCCCUGCUCUGUUGUGACUAUCCUGGUAGGAGAGGAACAGUGUGAUUGGCUGUAGAUGAUCACAUGGUACUAGGAAUCACCAGGACAGGAAGAAGAACUGAAGUGCUGCACCGGAGGUGAAAGUUACUGCAAACAGAACUGAACAGGGGAUAAGGGAUGAUAUGCAUGCAAGUUUGGACACACUAUACAUAGCAGCUGGAUUGAUGACUUUAAUUUCUUAAAUUCAUACAUUUAUUCAGUAGCACAAGCUAUGUAAUCCUGUAAUCCUAAAUUUUACCAGUAGUAAAUCCACAAUGACUAGCCUUCAGCGUAAGCUUCCAGAGUGGAUGUCCGUUCAACAGAAAGAAGACAGUAUAGAUGAUAAAAAGAAAUCUCUCUGGAAGAAGAAUAUUGUGGAAGAUAAUUUACCUUACUUGAAAUUUAAUGGCUCCAUUGUAUACAGCUAUGAGGGAAAUGACUGUUCUCUGUUGUCUGAAGAUAUCCGAUCAAGCUUGCAAGAAGAGGAUGUACUUGGAUUUGAUAUUGAAUGGCCGCCUAUUUAUACAAAGGGGAAAACUGGAAAAGUUGCUCUUAUUCAAGUGUGUGUUUCUGAGAAGAAAUGCUAUUUGUUUCAUAUUUCACCUAUGGCCGGCUUUCCUAAGGGCUUAAGGAGACUGCUAGAAGAUGAGUCUGUUAAAAAAGUUGGUGUGGGAAUUGAAGGGGACCAGUGGAAGUUAAUGAGUGACUAUGAGCUGAAACUUAAAGGCUUUAUUGAACUUUCAGAAGUGGCUAACCAAAAACUAAGGUGCAAGGAAAAGUGGAGUCUUAAUGGUUUGGUCAAACACCUUUUCAAGAAACAGCUUUUAAAAGAUAGCUCUAUACGUUGCAGCAACUGGGAUAUUUUUCCUCUCAGCACAGACCAGAAAUUGUAUGCUGCCUCUGAUGCUUAUGCUGGGCUACUCAUUUACCAGAAACUGGAGUGCAUGGAUGCCCACGAGAAGGUUUCUUUUUGUGUUAGUAGAGUGGGUGUUGCUGACUUUGAAGGUAUUAAAAGACAGCUUACUGAUCUGUCAAAUGGAUUUAUGGAUCUGGUGAAGGAUGUUCCAAGCAGUUUUGGGCAUUCUACAGGGGCUCUAAGAGCUGUGGCUAUUCUGGAAGACCUUUCAGAGAAAUUGGAGGAAUUAAGGAGUAUUGUUAAAGAGGCCUCAAAAGGAGAGGGGAAUGGGCUGCUUUGCCAUGACUCAGAAGACUGCAGUGAAGAAGACAAGUAUCAAAGUAUUAAUUUAGCAUCUAAGGAAUUGCUGGCUGAGAAUAAAAUAGACUAUAAAAAUGCUGAGAGCAAAAACAACAAAGAUGUUGACUGCUGCCAAAAUGAGAACAUGAAACAAGACUUUUUGGGCAUAAGUGAAGAAGAACUUUACAUGAUGGAAAGAAAAGAUGACGAAAAACAAAUCAAACCUGGUCAAAAAUCAAAUGAGCAUUUAUAUGAUACUAAUGAAGAAAAAAACAUGUCAUAUAUAAUUGAAAGUGAUGAAGAAUUUGAAUCUGAAAUUAUCAAGUCCCUAGAAGAUUUGGACAAUAGCAUAGAAGAAGCUAUUGGAACAAGUGUCCAUCAGACAGGCUUAAUCCCUGCUAAAAGUGUGGAUACUGUUGCAGAUGAAGAAGAGGAUGAAGGCAUAGAGGAAGAAGAUGAUGAUGAUGACUGGGAUCCAUCCAUACCAGAACCUAAUGCAGAACAGGUUUCUUGCUUGAAAACAUAUUUUGGCCAUUCAAGUUUUAAACCAGUUCAGUGGAAAGUCAUUCAUUCUGUUUUAAGAGAAAGAAGAGACAACCUAGUUGUUAUGGCUACAGGCUAUGGGAAGAGUUUGUGUUACCAGUUUGCACCAGUUUAUACAUCUGGCAUUGGAAUUGUGAUCUGUCCACUUAUUUCACUCAUGGAGGACCAGGUGUUACAGCUUGAGAUGUCAAAUAUUCCAUCUUGUUUUCUUGGAUCUGCACAAUCAAAAAAUGUUUUACAAGAUGUGAAAGCUGGCAGGAUGAGAGUAAUUUACAUGACUCCUGAGUUUUGUUCUGGAGGGAUUUCCUUACUUCAGGAUCUUGACAAUAGAUAUGGUAUCACUCUAAUUGCUAUUGAUGAAGCACAUUGCAUUUCUGAGUGGGGCCAUGAUUUCAGAAGUGCCUACAGAAGUUUGGGAUCACUGAAGAGAAUGCUACCAACUGUGCCAAUUGUGGCCUUGACAGCAACAGCAAGCCCCUCAAUUCGUGAAGACAUCUCAAAAUCUCUCAGUCUCCAUAAUCCUCAGAUCACAUGCACUAGUUUUGAUCGUCCAAACCUCUACUUAGAUGUUGCAAAGAAAACAACAAACAUUUCUACAGACCUUCAACAGUUUCUUAUUAAAAAGCAAGGCUCUGGCUGGGAGUUUGAAGGAGCCACAAUUGUUUACUGUCCAACUAGAAAGACAUCAGAACAGGUCACAGCAGAGCUAACAAAACUUGGCAUUGCUUGUGGAACAUACCACGCUGGCAUGGGAAUCAAACAAAGACGAGACGUGCAUCAUCGCUUCAUGAGAGAUGAAAUACAGUGUGUUGUGGCCACUGUUGCAUUUGGGAUGGGUAUCAACAAGCCAGACAUUCGCAAAGUUAUCCACUAUGGUGCUCCCAAAGAAAUGGAGUCAUACUAUCAGGAAAUUGGAAGAGCUGGACGAGAUGGGCUUCCUAGCUGUUGUCAUGCUCUGUGGACACAAGCAGACAUAAAUUUCAAUAGACACAUGUUGGGUGAGAUUCCAAACAAUAGUUUUCGAGAGUACAAAUUGAAGAUGUUGACAAAGAUGGAAAAGUAUCUGAACUCAAGCAAUUGUAGACGCAAAAUCAUCUUGUCUCAUUUUGAAGAUAAACAACUCCGUAAGGCCUCCUCUGGCAUCAUGGGGACAGAAAAAUGCUGUGAUAACUGUAAGACAAGAUUGAGAUUUAAUAUUUCAAUAAAUGACACAGAAGACAACCUACAAGAGUUUGGUCAACAGGCUUACAAAUUUAUUUCAGCAGUAGACAUUUUAGGACAGAAAUUUGGAACUGGUGUCCCAGUGCUCUUUCUUCGUGGUUCAACUUCUCAGCGACUCCCAGAUAGAUUCCGCCAUCAUCCUCUUUUUAGCUGUGGGAAAGACCAGACUGAGGCCUUCUGGAAGGUGUUGGCACGCCAGCUUAUUUCUGAAGGUUAUCUACAGGAGUCUUCAGGCCAUACAAAAUUUUCUACCAUUUGUGGUCUUACUUCAAAGGGUACAAACUGGUUAAUGAAGGCCAGCAACCAGCAGCAUCCAAGCCUCCUCCUGCCAUCCAAUGACGAAUUAUGCCUUCGAAGAACAACAGUAUCAAAUAGUAUAAGCCGUGUUCCAAGCCAUUCUUCCAUGAUACCACAUGCUUCACCAAAUACAAGAUCCAGUAUACCUAAAGCAGGCCCAGAGAAAAUCUCAUUGAAGGAAAAGUUUUCGUAUCAGGAAGCUGGAAAGUUGUCCACAGCUGUAGAUGUUUCCAAGAGCAGCAGCUUGAAACUUCAGACACCAUGUAAACCUUUGCAAGCGGCUGAACCAGAUGUUUCACCCAAAGAGAUGGAACUUCAGACAGCUCUAUAUGGCAGAUUGGUAGUAGCUAGACAAAAGAUUGCUAGCGAGAGAGAUAUACCGCCUGCUGUCCUAGCUACCAACAAAGUAUUAGUAGACAUGGCAAAAUUGAGGCCAACCACAAUCGAAAACAUGAAGAAACUAGACGGAGUGUCAGAAGCCAAGUCAGCAAUGCUUGCCCCCCUAGUGGAAGUUGUUAAAGAGUUCUGCAUUGCUAAUAGUUUGAAGAUGGAUAUAUUCUCAAGAUCUGGAUCCCAAUCUGAGUUGACAUCUUCAACUCAAAGGGAGCAAGACAGCACUACUUUGCCAGAGUCACAGCGUAUGUCCUAUUCAUUGUUUCAGGAGCAGAAUUUGUCUUUGAAAAAAGUUGCAGAUGCUCGCUGUUUAAGCAUGGCAGCAGUCGGUAUGCAUUUGUGGCAAGCCUUGAAAGCUGGUUAUAGUGUCGAUGUUCAGAGAGCUGGCCUGACUCCUGGAAUUAGGAAGCUAAUUAUAGAUAAUAUUAAAAAUCCUCCCAUUAAUUCAGACCUUUCAAGUUUUAAAGCUAUUCGUGAAUCCAUUCCUGCUAACAUUGACAGCUACCUCAUUAGAAUGGCGAUUGCUCUGCUUGAGAAGGAGGAGAGCAAUGGGGCCCAAGGACAACUUGACUUGCCAACACAGAAAACACUAGUUAAGCUAGAAGAGCAGCCCAAAAAUAUUUCAGUUGAGAAUAUAAAGCACAAAGCAACUAUGAACAAUUCAUUGUGGAUUGAAAAAAAGCCCACACAGCCCACAACUGCAGAACUAGAAGAAACAAAAGCAAAACCGUUGGCCCCCAUCAUGCUGGCAUCAUGGAAUGAACCCAGUCUGGAUGCUGACACAGAGGAAUUAUUUUCUGAAUCACAGAGUUACACUACAACCCCAAAAAGAAAACUUCCUCAAUGGUUCGGUCCUGCAAAAGGAAAUGCGGGAACAAAUGCUGUCAAAAAAGCAAAAACUGGGAAGAAAAAAGGCAUUUUUGAUUAAAUGAAAAAAAAAAAAAAAAGUUUUUUUUUUUUAUAGAGAUACAAAACACAAAGUAUAAGUCCAAUGUUUGUCUAGUUACAGAGAAUACUUUUAAUACCUCAAGAAUUUGUUUUUUUUUUUUACUGAUGAAAUGCCAUCUUAGUUUACAAGCCUUAUGUAUUACAUUUUUUCCUUUAUGUAAUACUGUCAACCAGUGUUUUUCUAUGUUCAGAAAAAAACUUUCACAAUAAGCACCAAUUUCUUUCACAUUACAAAUAGUACAUUAUUGAUUUUCUUACUUUACUUUUAAAGGGGUAGUUCACCUUCAAAACAAUUUUUUCAGUUUAUUUUUUAGCUGUAUUCUGUUACCUUUAAUAAUAACAGUUUUGUAAACAAUUGGGCAAAUUUAGGAAAAACAAUUGGCAAAUUUUAUUGUUAAGGAAGAACAUUUUCAAACCAGAGUGACUGAUUUUCUGAUCAAUGCCGGAUGAAAAAUCGCUAGAUGUACAAUCAUUUGGUGCCCACUAUAUUUAUGAUGAUUGUUGUAUUGUACUGAAAUUCGUCAUUAGAGAGAAAAUUCUUGUGUAUGGGCAGCUUUAUAAUUAAAUACAUUCGUUGAUACAUUUUGCAGCAGCAGCAUCUGUGGAAUGAUUUUAGUAAUUAUGAGAGGAUUAUGCUCAGUAAGGCUAAAGAUAAGAAAUGUAUCAACUAAUGUAUCAUAUUAGGGGUCACAGACUCUGUAAACUGCUCUCUCAGUGUGCUGCACCAAAGAGAAAAAAAUGGGGGGAAAAAAGCAGCUGAAUCAGUUAUAAUUUAUUCUACUGAGGGUUGUUAAAUAGGGAUGGUAGACCCGAAGAUACCUUUGAUAUUGACCUAAAACAGGAGACGUGUGACAGAGGAAAAACAAUUCUUUUAAAUAAAAUGUAGUCACCAUUUUUACAUUCCUACUUAGAUACUCCAUCUUCACACUGACAGUACAGUUUUCAGUGAGACGAUGACAUGCAGCAGGUGCAGUCUGAAAUAGCCAUGAAUGUUGCAGAAUUGCAUACAAGUUAACAAGUUUUGCAGCUGCUGCCAAAAAUUUUUUUUCAUCUCUCCUGAUGCAGAUAUUCCCAUUUUUGUAUAUACACACACAUAUAUAAAAAAAAAUCUGCAUUGCUCUCACCCCUAAAUAUAAUUUACAUCACUGCCAGGAGUUGUAAUAUAUAAGUAUGUCUAAAGGAAAAUGUAAAGGGUACCUUUACGCCAAAACCCUUGUAGAAUGCGUGCAGAGUUGUGCAUUGGGUUGGUAGUAACCAUCUUCAGCCAUAUAAUGUAAUUUUAGGCUCCCACGUAGUGAUUGCUGAUAAGCAACAUGCACAACUAGAAGCCAGGGCAGAUAAACUUUCAGUGUGCAUGCUCCUUCUAAGCGAUGGUGCCCGCCAACCUCACUGCAUGUAGAGGAAAAAAUAGAUGCCCCCCCUAUUAAUUUGCCUUAUUGCUGCCAAGGAAUCCACUAUUCUUUAUGUGAACAUAGUUAUUUAGUAUUUAUAAUGUGGCAGCAACUAAUGGAAGCUUGCCUAUUUUCUUUAGAACUACAAACCACAUUUUUGUAUAUAUAUGUUUUGUAUAUAUAUAUGUUUUUGUCUGAUUUAUUUUUGUAAUUAAAUUGUUGCAACAAU